AGCAUGUGAAUAUUAUUAUUAAAAAUGUCUACUCAACAAGAUAAAGAAAAAGUAUUUUCUCUGAGGGCAGUAUCGGUGGAUUCGUACAUGGCAAAGCCAGUGGAAAACUUGGAUGUCACAUUUUCUGAAUUUAAAAAAAGCAAAGUGACACAGGUUCCAGUUUUGAGAGUGUUUGGUUCCACUCCUGCAGGUCAAACUACGUGUAUGCAUAUUCAUCGCAUAUUUCCGUACCUUCUCGUGCCGUAUCAUGGU